GGGAUUUUCUUAUGGAUAGCACGACCGCUUCUGCGAAUUUCUAUAGUGAAUUUCAGAUUGAGAAAGAUGCGAUCCAAGAGCAAUUGUCUAGAUCAAAUGAGAUUGACAAGGCUCAUCUAGAUCAACAUUUUGAAAGUUUGCUAUCGCGAAUAAACUCUCUUGAACGCAAACUGACAGACUCUACUGCAUUUGUACCUGGAUAUGAUCAGCGCCAGUUUUCCUUGGCAUUAAAAACUCUAAAAGACAACCUUACAGUACAACGAAGCAAUUUAACGCCAAGGACCAAGUUUUCUUUCAAGUCACGGAGUAAAAAAGCCGCAACUGCUAUAAACACCAAACAAACUAAACCAGCAGAUGUGAAUACUGCUGCGAGCGCAAGAGUGUCCAAUACGAUCGUACAAAACACCAUCAAAUACACCGAUGUUCAAGAUAGCUUCCUUACCUUCCCCCAAGAUAGCGAUCACAGUAUGAUGGAUGUUUCCAUUUCUAAUGCUAAGAGGUGUAUCAUCCGACUUGAUGAGAAGCAACAUGGCGUUUCCGCUGUCCACAUAAAAGAUGUCGAAGAAUGCGUGAUCAUUGCUGGUCGCGUGAGUGGAUCUAUCUUGAUCUACGGAUGUAAACGAUCGAUCAUUCUGGCUGACUGUCAUCAGUUUCGUAUGCAUAAUUCCACUACUGUCAAAUUGCUACUUUCGGUGAGUAGCCAUCCUAUCAUGGAAGAUAGUCAAGAUAUAGUGAUAGGGCCUUAUCAUGCGCAACCCGCGCUAUCGAAUGAUAACGCUUCACAGCACGUUGAGCGGCCUAAAAAUUAUUAUGAUCAUAUGGAAGAUUUUAACUGGCUCAAGCAGCAAGAGUCACCAAAUUGGCGGCUAAUGGAUCCUUCUAUUGCGAACAAAACAAGUCAAGCUCUCAUGCAGCUAGAUGCUCCCACCGCCAAAGAAGCGGCUGCGAGUACCGAAUACGAUCUAUAUAAAGAUUUAAUUCCCAUGUAGACAUAGCAUGUUGCCACACGCAAAACAUAAUGGUGUGAGCUGGGACCAUGAACGAUACCUCCAGCGGGCCUUGCACAAGUGCAACGUCCAAGAUAAACGGUGGGAAUUCCGUGUAGAAAGCCAUCAAAAAAAUACCAUACUUAUAGAUUACUAGAGCAAAAUCACUAAUAAUACUUUAGUUGCUUAUGGAAACUUUUUCUUAACUGACCUCCCGUCCAGUGGCGGCGGACUGCAAGAUAAAUUAUUGCGACGCCAUGUAAAUGUCCCCCCCCCGAACGAAAAAGCGCAUGGUCGUUCGCUAGAGAGACC